AUGGAGGAUCCUCCGCCGCUGCCUCCAAUUCUAGCGCCACGCGGCAGCGGAAGAAGAAGCUGUGGCGAUUCGAACUCACCGGAAUUCGAAUUUUGGAUGGUCAGAAACCCGUCACUCCCGCCGCCGAAUCUUCUAUCCGCCGACGAACUCUUCUCCGGCGGCGUACUCCUCCCCCUCCACCAUCUCAACCUCUCCAAUGAGGCAGAGUCCGACGCAUCCCAAUCGGAUCGAGGCCCCGACCCCGAAUCCUCCGCUGUCGAAUCGGCGGAAUUGUCGGCCAAUUCGGCGUUGACUUCGUCAAAGCGGUGGAGAGAUAUUUUCAGAAAAAACGAUAAGAGAAUUGGGGAAGAUCGCAUCAUUAAGGAGAGGAGAGGAGAUAAGAAGAGCGGUAGCGUGAGUGCAUGCUCGGCAGAGCUGAACAUAAACAUAUGGCCAUUCGCGAGGAGUGGAUCCGCCGGUAACGCCUCAACUCGACCGCGCGCCCCCUGCUCUCGGAGCAACUCGAAGUCGAGGAAGUGGGCAGGCAGCCCCGGUAGAGGUGGGGUCCACUUGGGAAGAAGCAGGCAGGUCCGACGGAGAGUGCCGGUUGCCGGUACCUCCAAAGCUAGGGUUCUGAAUUUCAAAGUCCCCGUGUGUAUGGGCUACCGGCAGCGUUUUAGCUGUAGAAGCGAUGCCGCCGGUGGUAAAGGCCUACGUGGAGCUAAUUUGUUUAAUAUCAGAAGCCUCUUCACCAAGAAACUGUAUUGA